AUGCUCGUCAUGAUUUCGGGAGUAUCGACAAGCACUCACAACAUCGCUAUUCCACCUCCACAAGUCAUAAAUCUACUCGCCAACAUGCAAUUCACAACCCUUCUCCUCCUCGCCGCCUCCGCCGCAACGGGCCUCGCCCAGUCCUGCACCUACGAGACCGCCAACUACCUCUCCGUCUGCCAGCAGGGAACCAACCUCUUCUGCACCGGCAACACGGGCGUCUGCGUCCAGGGCAAGACAGACACCUUCGACGAGACCGCCACCACCGCCAAUGAGGACGCCUGUGCCGGCCUGAGCCGUGGAGACAGCUGUGUUCAGACAGUAGCCUGCUGCUAA